GUGAUGCUGAGGCAAAAGCGAAGCAGCAUGGAUAUGAUUCCUGGGAAGAUCAGAAAACGAGGGUGUUCCUCGUCGGCAUCGUCUUCGUCAUCCGUGCUUCACAACUACAGGUUCAAAAGGGCUAUUCUGGUAGGCAAGAGGGGCGGAUCCACUACACCCGUGCCCACAUGGAAACUCAUGAGCUCGAGAUCUCCGCUGCGACCACUUGAAUCCCCAAAGUACCCUCCAUCACAGACGGGUAGCAAGGCCAAGCAAGCUCCGGUGUCGGCGAGGAAGCUCGCCGCAACGCUGUGGGAGAUGAACGAGAUUCCUUCUCCGUCGCCCAGCGUCAGGGAAAUGCAAGACGAUACGAGGUUGAAGAAGGAACACAGAGCAAGGGAAAGGUUGGCAAAGUCCUCGCGUUCUGGUUCUUUGCCUCCUCAUUUGUCCGAUCCAUCACAUAGUCCUGUCUCAGAGAGAAUGGAUCGAUCUGGAACAGGUAGUCGCCAUAGAAGAACUCCAUCCAUUUCUCACAGGCCGAGGCUUACAGAACACCAUGUUGGCCCUUUAGAUUCUCUUAGCAAUGUCAGUCACAUGGAGACUGAAACCAGAUCUCGAGCACAGACUCCUGCUUCCUCUACUGUUGGAGUUAAAACACGUUUGAAAGAUGUUAGUAAUGCUUUAACAACAUCCAAAGAGCUACUUAAAAUUAUAAACCGCAUGUGGGGUCAUGAAGAUCGUCCCUCUUCUAGUAUGUCCCUUAUCUCAGCUUUACAUACAGAGCUGGAGAGGGCUCGCCUACAGGUCAAUCAGCUUAUCCAGGAACAGCGCUCGGAGCUGAAUGAGAUAAGUUACUUGAUGAAGUGUUUUGCUGAAGAAAAGGCCGCAUGGAAAAGCAAGGAGCAAGAAAUUGUUGAGGCUGCAAUUGAAUCUGUUGCGGGAGAACUUGGUGUUGAGAGGAAGCUCAGGAGACGGUUUGAAAGCUUGAACAAGAAGCUUGGGAGAGAACUGGCUGAGACCAAAGCUAUCCUUCUUAAGGUGGUGAAAGAACUUGAAAGUGAGAAGAGAGCAAGAGAAAUUAUUGAACAAGUAUGUGAUGAGUUAGCAAGAGAUGUUGGUGAAGAUAAAUCGGAGAUAGAGAAACAAAAGAGAGUAUCUACAAAAGUUUGUGAAGAGGUAGAAAAAGAAAAGGAAAUGAUGCAGUUAGCUGAUAUGUUACGUGAGGAGAGAGCUCAAAAGAAACUCUCUGAUGCAAAAUAUCAGCUUGAGGAAAAGAAUGCAGUUGUUGAUGAGCUCAGGAAUCAACUUGAAGCUUUUCUGGGAAACAAACAAGUUAGAGAAAAAGGACGCAGUUCCACUCACUUGAAUGGUGAAGAAAUUGUUGCAUAUUUAGGUAGAAGCCGAUUAGGUUCCCAUCAUAAUGAAGAUAAAGAAGAUGAUGGAGAGGUUGACAAUGGAGUAGAAUGUGAAGAGGAAUAUGCUGAAAGUGACCUGCAUUCUAUAGAGUUAAAUAUGGACAACAACAACAAGAGCUAUAACUGGACCUACCCUUCUGAAAGCAGAUUUGAUACCAGAAGAUUUCCAAUUGAGGAAGAAGUGAAAGGUAGGAGGUCUACCUCUGGGAGAGCUUCAAGGCGAAGCACAUCUCUGCAAAGGAGUAUAUCAGAUGGAAUGGAAUGGGGAGUCCAACCUGAGAAGCUUCAAAAUUCAGGAGAAGGAAUAGACUGGGAAAGCUUUUAUGAACUGGAGAAACAAGCUCAAGUAAAAGGUCAUGGCGAUGAAAUGCAAGGCUAUAAAUCAGUGAAAGGUCUAAGAGAUCAGAUAUUGGCCGGUUCCAGGCUUGGAUCUUCCAGAGGUUAUGCCAGUCCAACUAGACAAUUUUCUCAGCCUUGGCCAUCACGUGAUCUCACGAAUACCUUCCAGGAGAGACCUGCUAUAUUGCAGGGCAAUGGUCUAAAAUCAAGGUUAGGGGAAACCAGGGGUGAGAGCCAGAAUGUAAGGAAGUCGAAAAGGUGAGAAGAUGCUCAUCUCUUUUGACAUAAUGCUUUGCUUGCCAAGAGGCUAUCAUGAACGAUGGCUGGUAAAAAUGAAGGACUGCCAAUAUCAUGACACAAUGCUCAUAUCCGUUUAAGUUUUAUUUUGCUGAUAGCCAUGGCUGCUAACCUUGCAGCACUCGCUGCUUAAAUUUUCAUUUGACCAUACACAGGUAUGGUCGUGUUUGUAGAGUU